AUGGCGCAACAUCUUCGCGUAUGGAGGUCCCGCGCGGUUCCGUGGUGUUGCUCUUUUAGCGCAAAAGCUCGCUCGUUCCCCGCCACUCCUUCCCCCAAUUUUCCAGGCGAGUACUUGCACGCUAAGAUCGUGACAUCUCAAGUACCGGGUCCCAAGUCGCAGCAGCGAUUGGAGCGUCUCGCGACGCUCCAGAACACGGGCGCUGUCACCUUUUUCGCAGAUUACGCCGCCAGUAAAGGCAAUUACUUAGUGGAUAUUGAUGGCAAUCGCUUCCUCGAUGUGUACGGACAGAUCGCUUCUCUCCCCAUUGGCUACAACCACCCUAAGAUCCUCGACGCCAUGAGCGACAAGACAAAUCUGGCCAUGCUGGCUCAGCGUCCAUGUCUCGGCGUGUUUCCACCCGCCGAUUGGGUGGACCGCAUCGACAGGACGCUGCUAAAAGUGGCUCCAAAAGGACUUACGGACGUCAACACGCUCAUGUGUGGCUCGUGCUCCAAUGAAAAUGCCUACAAGGCGGUGUUUAUAUGGUUCCAAACCAAGCUAAGGGGAGGGCGAUCACCAUCUGAGCGUGAGCUGGAGACGAGCAUGAUGCACCAAUUGCCAGGGACACCAAACCUGAGCAUCUUAUCGUUCCAGGGAGGGUUUCAUGGACGUCUCAUGGGCUGUUUAUCGACGACACAUUCAAAGGCGAUACAUAAGGUGGACGUGCCAGCGUUUGACUGGCCAGUCGCGCCGUUUCCCAAGUUGAGAUACCCUCGAGAUGUCCAUCAAGUAGCCAAUGAAGCGGAGGAAGCGCGUUGCUUGGGUGAGGUCGAGAGGUUGCUUAAGUAUAGUGCUGAGGUGACCAAGCCGGACGACAUGCGCAUUGCUGGAAUGAUCGUCGAGCCAAUUCAAGCUGAAGGAGGAGACAACUACGCAAGUCCUGCGUUCUUUCGUCAUCUCCGCGACAUGGCUGCAGCUUAUGAUGUGGCGUUCAUCGUGGACGAGGUCCAAACGGGUGGUGGUAGCACUGGCAAAUUCUGGGCACAUGAGCAUUGGAAGCUCACGAACCCGCCUGACCUCGUCACUUUCAGCAAGAAGAUGCAGACGGGAGGGUACUAUGCGAAGGAAGCGUUUCGCGUCAAGGAAGGCUACCGCAUCUUUAACACGUGGAUGGGAGAUCCCGCAAAGAUGAUUACUCUCGAGGCAGUUCUUGAGGUUGUUCUGGAUGAUAACCUAUUGGAGAAUGUCAACAUCACAGGCGACUUUCUGAAGACCGGACUGAAAAAUAUUGCUGCCGAGUUUCCGGCUCUGGUGUCAAACGUGCGUGGCCAGGGCACCUACUUGGCGAUUGACUUUCCGACCGAAGCUGUGCGCAAUGAAUUUGUGAGUCUAAUGAAGACAAAGGGUGUCGUAUCGGGUGGCUGUGGGGCCACGUCAGUUCGAUUCCGGCCUGCAUUGGUCUUCCAGCCGAAACAUGCAGCAGAAUACCUGGACAAGAUGUACGAGGUGUGCAAAGAUCUUGUACAUACGUAG